GAGUACCACUACGAGUACACCGCGUGCGACAGUACAGGUUCACGGUGGAGAGUGGCUGUGCCACACGUGCCGGGACUCUGCACCGGUCUGCCGGACCCUGUCAAGGGCACCGAGUGCUCUUUCUCCUGCAAGGCAGGUGAGUUCCUGGACAUGAAGGCGCAGGCGUGCAAGCCCUGUGCGGAGGGCACCUACUCUCUGGGCACUGGCGUCCGCUUCGAUGAGUGGGACGAGGUGCCCCACGGCUUUGCCAACGUCGCCACCAACCUGGAGGUCGAUGACGGUUUCGGUGACACGGUGGAGAACUGCACCGCGUCGACGUGGGUGCCACUGGGGGACUACGUGGCCUCCAACACAGACGAGUGCACGGCUACCCUCAUGUACGCCGUCAACCUCAAGCAGUCGGGCACUGUCUCCUUCGAGUACAUCUACCCUGACAGCAGCAUCGUCUUUGAGUGCUUUGUGCAGAACGACCAGUGCCAGCCCACAGUGGAGGAGUCGCGCUGGAUGCGGACAACGGAGAAGGGCUGGGAGUUUCACAGUGUGGAGCUGAGCCGUGGCAACAAUGUGCUGUACUGGCGGACCACGGCUUUUUCCGUGUGGUCCAAGGUCCCCAAACCAGUGCUGGUGAGGAACAUUGGCAUCACAGGCUGCCUCAGCUGCCCGGCGGGCACCGAGCCAGCGCUGGGGUUGGAGUACAAGUGGUGGAACGUGUUGCCCCCCAACAUGGAGACCACCGUCCUCAGCGGCAUCAACUUUGAGUACAAGGGGAUGGCAGCACCAGGGUGUCCCCGGGGAGGUGGGGGGACAUUGCCAUGGGGCAGAGCCUGGCAGCGUUCCCACACCGUCCCCAGCCCUCCGAGUCCAGUGCUGGAGGAUGCAGAGAGCAAGGAGGUAGCCAGGAUCACCUUCGUCUUUGAGACAGUCUGCAGCGUCAGCUGUGAACUCUACUUCAUGGUGGGCAUCAACUCCCGCACCAACACACCGGUAGAGACAUGGACAGGCCCCAAGGGGAAGCAGUCCUACACCUACGUUGUGGAGAAAAAUGCCACCAUGAGCUUCACCUGGGCUUUCCAGCGCACUCCCUACCAUGAGGCGGGCCGGCGGUACACCAGCGACGUGGCCAAGCUCUACUCCGUCAAUGUCACCAACGUGCUGGGAGGGGUGGCAUCCUUCUGCCGGCGGUGCGCCCCUGAGCCAGCUGGAUCCUGU